GUGGACGAUCAGUGCAAUCAGACACUUGCUUCACCCGAACUGUUAGAUAUCCUGAAUAUCUCUAGUGUACCUACCAAAUUCACCCUAACUACAUGUUCAGGAAAGACAGCUAUGUAUGGCAGAAAUGUUCUCGGACUCAAAGUGCGAUCUAUUGACAAGAACGUUACUUUAGACCUUCCAUCUACUCUCGAAUGCGAGGACAUACCUAACGAUUUAUCUGAAAUCCCAACACCGGAGAUUGCAGAAUCCUAUCAUCAUCUUAGUGUUAUCACAUCUAAGAUUCCUGAGUUUGAUCCAGACUCAAAAGUUCACUUACUGAUUGGCAGAGAUCUACUGGAAGCCCAUCAUGUUGAAGAGCAAAUCCUUGGACCCCGAGGAGCACCCUUCGCACAGAAACUCGUUCUUGGUUGGGCCAUUAUUGGCGAAGUCUGUCUUGGGAGGAUUCAUCAGAGAACGUCCCUUAACGUGAAGAAAGUCUCAGUUUUGAAUGACGGUAGAGUGACAUGCAAUGAACUUUGUCCGAAUCUUUUGCAUAUCAAAGAACAGAUUUCAACUUCUAACAGUUUAGUUUGUGCUCGUGACUUUCGGGGUGAUAAUGUAUUCACAAAGACGCCUGACGAUGACCAAGUUGGUUUAUCAGUUGAGGAUCGUUUGUUCCUAAAGCUUAUGGACAAAACUUUCAAGAAGGACGAGGAAGGUUAUUGGACAGCCCCUCUGCCCUUUAGACAACUUCCUGAAUACUUACCCAACAACAAACCACAAGCAUUUCACCGAGCCCAAAUACUGCAUACAAACUUGCAAAGAGAUUCUGUUAAGAGAGAACAGUUCGUGACAUUCAUGCGUAAAGUACUGGACAGUGGAGCAGCAGAAGUGGCUCCUUCGUCUUCAAAUGCAGUUUGUUGGUAUCUACCGUUAUUUGGAGUUCGCCACCCGAGAAAGCCAGAACAAAUUAGAGGUGUUUUUGAUUCAUCUGCUGUUCAUGAAGGUAUCUCACUCAACAGCCUUCUUAUGUCUGGUCCAGACAUGGUUAACAGCCUAUUAGGAAUCCUACUUCGCUUCAGGAAGGAUGAAGUGGCAAUUACUGCGGACAUUGAACAAAUGUUCUACCGUUUUCGGGUGGAUGACGACCAUCGGGACUUCCUACGUUUUUAUUGGUACAGAGAGAAUGAUCCUGACGACAUCCUUGUUGAAUACAGAAUGCGUGCACACGUAUUUGGCAAUAGUCCAUCGCCUGCCAUAGCAACUUACGGAAUCCGCAAGACAGUAGAGAAUGCUGAUGAAGAUGUGAAGGACUUUGUGAAUCGUAACUUUUAUGUUGACGACGGACUCAUUUCCUUGCCUGAUGAAGCCAGCGCUAUCGACCUCAUGAAACGCACCCAGUCUGUCAUGAAGUCAGAAGGUAGAUUAAGACUACACAAAAUUACCUCUAAUAAACUGGCAGUGAUGGAAGCAUUUGAUCCAAGUGACCAUGGUGAACAACUCAAGGAGUUUGACGACGACGAUUUGGUCCAUAGAAGCCUUGGUCUCUGUUGGAACCUGAAAGAUGACACAUUUAGAUUUACAGUGCCAGUGAAGGAAAAGCCAUUCACUCGACGUGGUCUAUUGUCAACGGUGAAUAGUUUAUUUGACCCCAUAGGAUUUAUAACACCCAUUACUAUAAGUGGAAAGAUCCUCCUUCGAGAAGCAACACCCCCUGGUGUAGACUGGGAUGAACCCUUACCCUCCAGUUACCUUCAGAAGUGGACAGAGUGGCAGUCUUCACUUCAGAGCUUAAUAGAUGUCGCCAUACCACGGAUGUUAUCGCACGUGUCUGUGAGCCUAGCCAAGACUGCUGAAGUUCAUAUAUUUUGCGACGCAUCUGAAAAAGCUAUUGGAGCAUCAGCAUAUAUUAAAGUGGAAGAUGACCAAGGCCGCAACAGCGUUAGGUUCUUGAUGGGCAAGGGCAAGCUAGCCCCACCUAGAGGUCACACUAUUCCACGCUUAGAGCUCUGUGGAGCUGUUCUGGCAACAGAACUUGCAGAAAUAAUAUCCAUACAGCUAGACAUCCCAUUGGACUCUAUGCAUUAUUACACAGACAGCAAAGUUGUGCUGGGAUAUAUCAGCAAUCGUACUCGUCGUUUUUAUACGUAUGUGAGUAAUAGAGUGGACCGCAUUCUGAAAAUCUCCACUGCUGAUCAAUGGAAGUAUGUUCCUACAGACAAGAAUCCUGCCGAUUCCUGCACCAGAUGUAUCACUUCAGUCAUUGAUAUCAUGCAGCUUCCUUGGAUAAUUGGCCCACAGUGGUUAAGCAAUACAAGUACCGGUACAUCAGAAUGCACUGGUACCUCGGAGUAUUUUCCACUCAUUGAACCUGAUUAUGAUUCGGAAGUUAGGCCACUGAUGACAAAGAUCACCACCAACCAUCUUUCUCCGGUGCCUGCUUGUCUCGGAACAAAGCGCUUUGAGCGUUUUUCUAGCUGGAAGUCUCUGGUUUCCGCAAUCGCAUCUCUUCAACGCAUAGUUCGGAAUCGACGCGAUGGAUAUCAUGACACCAAACCCAUUAGCCAGUGUGAUGCCCUCAGAAAAGCUGAGAUUCUCAUUCUGAAGGAAACUCAGCAAGAACACUUUACUACAGACAUUAAAUGCCUGGCCAAUGGUAAACCUCUGGCAAAGAACAGCAGUAUUGCGACACUUUCACCCUAUCUUGAUGAGAAUGGGCUACUUCGUGUUGGAGGCAGGAUCAAUCGAGCAGCCGGACAAAUACCUGCAAGAGAAGUCAACCCUAUCAUCCUACCUAAAGCUAGCCACGUUUCCACCUUACUUAUUCGUCACUUUCAUGAACAAACCAAGCAUCAAGGAAGACUUAUUACGGAAGGAGCUCUGCGCACAGGAGGAUAUUGGCUCAUUGGCGCCAAACGAUUGAUUUCUUCUCUCAUACACAAGUGCGUGACUUGUCGUAAACUAAGACGCAGUUUAGAAACUCAGAAAAUGGCUGAUGUUCCUACAGACAGGAUAACCCCAGGACCCCCCUUUACAUCAGUCGGCAUUGAUGCCUUUGGACCCUGGCAGGUGGCUACACGCAAAACUCGAGGAGGUGCCGCUAACAGCAAAAGAUGGGGAAUCAUUUUUACAUGCCUAUUUUGUAGGGCAGUGCAUAUAGAAAUUGUAGAGGAGAUGUCAAGUUCUUCAUUUAUAAACGCCUUCCGUCGUUUCUUGGCAAUCCGUGGCCCUGUGAAGUUUAUACACUCUGAUAGAGGCUCCAAUUUUAUCGGAGCAGCCGAAGAAAUGAAGAUGAAUACAGUAAAGGUAGAGGAAGGACCCGUUCAAGAAUUCUUGCGCAACUCUGGAAUUACUUGGAUAUUCAAUGUUCCUCAUGCUUCACAUAUGGGAGGCAUCUGGGAAAGAAUGAUAGGGAUGACCAGAAAGAUUUUAGACUCUAUGCUACUUGAAUCCAGAUCCAAACCCCUCACACAUGAAACUCUUGCUACCUUUUUAUGUGAAGUCUGCGCCAUUAUUAAUUCGCGCCCAAUUGUUCCAAUAUCGACAGACCCAGAGAUGCCCAUGAUUCUUAGUCCGUCCAUGCUUCUGACAGGAAAAGUGGAUUUCUUACCUGUUGUGUCCGAUUCCUUGAAUCUUCCAGACAUCUAUCGAGCGCAAUGGAAGCAUGUGCAGGUGCUCGCUGAUAUCUUUUGGCGUCAUUGGAGGAGGGAAUACCUGAGCAUUCUACAAACCCGCCGUAAAUGGAAGCAUGAACAUCGCAACCUGAAUCCUGAUGAUGUUGUACUUAUUCGAGAUUCUUCGGAGCAUCGGAACAAUUGGCCAGUAGGCGUUGUCUCGAGAGUUUUUAAGAGUGAAGAUGACUUAGUCCGGAAAGUUGAGGUUAGAACCAUCCGUGACGGGAAACCUACCUUCUAUACCAGACCAGUGCAAGAACUUGUCGUGUUGUUAGAGUAAUAGUCUAGUCGAACCUUGUCAUCGAUUGUUUAUUGUAUUAUUUUUCUUUACUAAAUGUAAUAGUGGUAUCAGUAAGAUACCAGACGGGGAGUGUGCUGUAAUCAAACAAGAGUUAUGCCCCUUUUUUAUCUUUGUUGUACGAGUUAUCUAAUGUUUUUGUAUUUUGGAACUCUUCAAUGUUUUCGUUGAUCCAACGUUUUACCUAGUCGAAAUACACGAGGUGCUCCACCUUCGUUUUCUUGAUUUUGCUAUCCUAGCCUGCUCAAAAUGUAAGACUGAUUAUAUAAACUCAUAGUUAUGAAUAUCUCUGUUUCUUAGAUUGCUUUUUAUGUGUAAAUCAACUCUUUUUAAUCGAACACGGUUUAAUACUUUAAUCGAUACUUUGGCGGCCAUAUUUAAAUGUGCUAUUUAUGUAUAUUUAGUAUCAACAAUUUGUUUUAAAAGUUUCUGGUAUAUUAAUAGAUCUUGAAUUUAUUAAGCUUUCUGAAUAUGUAAUUUCUCUCUAUUAACUCUUAAAGAUAGCUUACUAGAAUAUAAAUGCAUGUGACUGUGUGUGUAUUGUAUGACAUGGUAUUGUAAUGGUGUCUUUAUUUGUGUUCUAUUUUUUGUUACAGCCUUUUACCAUAUGUUGGCACACGCUUUAUCAAUAAAACUUAGAAGAUUGUAACAUUGCCUUCCAUGGUUAACUUAGCUG